GCAUAAGUGAGCAGGUUUUGUUUGUCCCUAGAUGCUGGAAGCCAAUAGAGAAGAAGUGAUGACAGCUUCACUGCUUCUUUGGGGACAAAGUUUGUUCCUCUCAGUCUCCUGAUAGAAUCUUCUCACUUGUCAUGGUGUGGGUGGUAAUAGUGUUAGGGGAAUGGGGCCCCCUGAAAGGAAGGGGAUUAUAAAAUGCUUUCUAGGAGGAGCUCUGUGUGUGCGCGUGCGUGUGUGUGCAUGUGUGGGUGAUAUGAAAGCCUUGGGCGAAAGGACUUGCUCCUUGCGUUGUCCUCAUUAUAUAAAAGCCAUUAUGGCAUCAAGACUGUGAGCUCAGCUGAGCUCUUUUCUUUGUGUCAACUCAGAAUCUCAAGCAGAAAGUAAUUUUGAUGGAUGGAAUAUCACCUGUCGAAGGGUAGAAAGCUGUGCAGAGGCCCUCACAGUCAGCUAGCUUCAGCUUCCUUAUUGGCACCAUGACAUCAUCUGGACCCUGGAAAUUCCACUCGCCCUGCUGUGCCCCUAUCUCUGUCCCUGGCCUCAGAGUUCCUAUAAAGAAGGGCUCCCAACUCUGUAUCAACACAGAGCACAGAAGGGUUCUGAAGCUUCUGGGUUCUGCAGUCCAAGCUCCAGGCAAGUCUCUCCUCCACCAAGACCAUGAAGCUCUGCGUGACUGUCCUCUCCUUCCUCGUGCUCGCAGCUGCUCUCUGCUCUCUGGCGCUCUCAGCACCAAUGGGCUCAGACCCUCCCACAGCCUGCUGCUUCUCUUACACCCUGCGGAAGCUUCCUCGCAACUUUGUGAUCGAUUACUACGAGACCAGCAGUCUCUGCUCCCAGCCAGCUGUGGUCUUCCAAACCAAAAAGGGCAGGCAGGUGUGCGCCAACCCCGGUGAUCCCUGGGUCCAGGAGUACAUGGAUGACCUUGAACUGAACUGAGCUGCUCUGAGGCCGGGGCAGGUGUUCUGCAGGAAAGAUCACCUGAGCCUGACGCUUCUCAGCAAGACGCACCCUCUCCACACUCACAGCUCCUCUCAGUAGUCCCUGUUCCUUCUCUUAAUUUAAUCUUUAUCACGUACUAUGUUAUUAUUGUAUUUGGCAUUGUUUCCCACUAUUUAUGUUUGUUUUGCCAAAGGACACGUGUCCCCCAUGGGGAUGGUCCACCAUCACUGUUUCUCUGCUAUUGCGGAUACAUGGAUAAUGCAACUGAGUCCAAGUGUUAAUAAAAUUUCUUAAAAAU